AUGUCUCUCUUCAAGAAGUUCGAGCCCAAGCCGGACCUGGGACCUGCGACGGCGCUCAAGUCGUCCGUGCGCAGGGUCAUCCGCCAAAAGCUGUGCGAGCAGUACCCCGUGCUUGCCGAGGACGAGGGUGCGCUUCUCGAGGCCGCCUGGCCAAACAAGGCUUCCGUCACGACGGUCAAGUUCGCGCGAGAGCAUGUGCAGAUGCUCAUCUCGGACAAGCAGGUGCUCUUCUUCCAGCACUACGACGACUGGUACCUCCCCAGCCUUCGUCUGCUCCACAAGUUCCCUGAAAUGCUUCCAUCGGUCCAGGUGGACCGCGGAGCCAUCAAGUUCGUGCUCUCCGGCGCCAACGUCAUGUCCCCUGGCUUGGUGAGCGCAGGAGGCAAGCUGCCGGACCCGUCCAAGGGCGAGCAGCCCAUCAAGGAGGGCGAAUGCGUCGCCAUCCGCGCGCAGGGCAAGAACGAGAUCCUCGCGGUGGGCGUCAUGAAGAUGGAUUCCGAACAGGUGCGCAAGACCGGCAAGGGCAUCGCGAUAGAAAACAUCCACUACCUCGGAGACGACCUGUGGCUCACUCUGUCCAAGGGCGGCAUCUAG